UAGGAUUGUCUAUCCCUAUGUAUCCAAUCCAAUUACUUAUUUCUUAAUCUGAAUAUAUAAGCCCAAUCAACAAUCAAUAAUUUAUAAAAAUGAAAACAAACAUUUAAUUUCUUUCGCCAAAAGAUUUAAUUUUUUUAUUUUUUUUCACUUUAUAUAUAGACCCUUUUGAAGGAAGCAAUAGCAAGCAGGAAGAAAUGGAGGGACAAAAGAAGCUCAAAAAGUCCAAGGUUGUCAAGAUAGAAUCUCAAGAAUCAUGGCAACACCACAUCUCUCAUGCUAACAACAAAGGUUACCCUGUUGUAGUUCACUUCUCUGCUUUUUGGUGCAUAACCUCUACACUCAUGAAUCCUUUGUUUGAAGAACUUGCCUCCACUUAUCAAGAUGCCAUGUUUCUCAAUUUGGAUGUGGAUGAGUUUAAGGAAAUUGCGUCCAAGUUUGAAAUCAAAGCCAUGCCCACAUUUGUGCUGCUGAAUGGAGGAACUGCAGUUGAUAAAAUUGUAGGUGCAAAUCCUGAUGAGAUUAAGACAAGGGUGGAUCAUUUUAUUCAUUCAGCUCCUUCCCAUAAAUAAUGCCAUUUAUUUUGAAUUUUGAACCAUAAUAUAUAUAUAGAGUAAAGUAUUAUUUUUGUCCUCAAUGUUUGGGGUAAGUUUUAUGUGUGUUCAUAAUGUUUAAAUCGUCUCAUUUGUAUCCCUAAAGUUUAUAAAAAUAAUUCAAUGUUAUUCUGUCGUUAAUUAUACUAAUAAAUCAGAUUGUAUUUUUCAAAUAUUCUCACUUGAAUGUAUUCAUUCUUAAUUAGGUCUCAA